AUGGACCCCUCAUCAGGCAGCCAAGCUCCCGGAGCACCACCGACGCUCUCACCAGAAGCCAUCGCAUUUGCAGGCAGGAUGUACGACUCUGCUAGAAAAGGUGAAGUCGCUGUCUUUGAACAGGCACUUCCAGCUGGGCUACCUCCGAACAUGACGAAUGAAAAGGGAGACACACUACUCAUGCUCGCCGCAUAUCACGGACAUGCAGAUCUCGUCAAGUUGCUGAUACAACACGGAGCUGAUCCAAACCGCGUGAAUGACAGAGGGCAGAGUCCCCUGGCCGGAGCCGUGUUUAAGAAGGAGGAUGAGGUUAUCGAGGUACUAUUAGAAGGCGGUGCAGACCCUGAUUAUGGCAAGCCGACUGCUAUGGAGUGCGUGUCCAUGUUUCAGCAGGAGGAUACAUGGAAGGCCAAGUUUGAGGCUGCUCCUGGAAGAGGCAAGGCACAACCGCCCGCUUCAUGA